CCCACGGCCCGCGUCCCAGCCACGUGUUGCGCCUCCUGCCCGCAGAACGAGUCCGACCGACCCGUUGAACACACGCACUUACGCACGCACCAAGCAUGUCCGAGGGCUACGCGUCGUCGUCGGACGACUGUUCGAAGGACUCGAAGGACAUGAGCAAACGGGCUGGCCAGAAGGUCAUGCUGCUCGGCUACGUGCGGCCAACGCCGGCGCCGCGCACUGGCGGCGGCGCCGACCUCGACAAGAAGGAGAUCAACGACGCCGUCUCCAAGGUCCUCCAGGGCUACGACUGGAACCUCGUGCCCAUGACCACCAAGGUGAGCUCGGAGAAGCGGUCGACCCACGUGAAGCGGCCGAUGAACGCCUUUAUGGUCUGGGCGCAGGCGGCGCGAAGAAAACUGGCAGACCAGUAUCCACAACUCCACAACGCAGAACUCAGCAAAACCCUUGGUAGACUUUGGAGAGAUCUCGGCGAAAACGAGAAGAAACCGUUCAUGGUGGAGGCCGAGCGUCUCAGAGUGAUUCACAAGAGAGAUUAUCCCGACUACAAGUACCAGCCGCGGAGGCGCAAACAUCUCAAAGGAUCCGUCAAAAACGAGAACCAAAACUCUCAGGAGCAGACGACUGCAAUCAAUUACAGUCGUGCUACCAAAAGAGAGACAUCAAUGUCACCCUGCGCACCAGGAAUUUCACCUCGCAGUUCACACGGGCCUCCGACUCCCCCCACCACCCCUCAAGCUACUGGAGAUUAUAUUCCCAGAUACGCGUCUUUUGCAUCAAACAAAGUCUACGGCAUGAACAAUGAUCUACAAGGCCCUGGCGUGUGCUCCAGCUCAGAGAGCCAGCCGCUGCACCCGCAGCACCAGAACCAGCAGCAGAGCAUCGACUUCCGGCAGACGGACCUGGGGUUGAUGCACGUCAUCUCGACGGACGGCCCGCCGCCGGAGGCAUCCGAGAUGGACCGCUACCUGAUCAGCAGUAAGGCGGCGAGCGUGGGGCCGGCGAACAGCCAGACCGCGUACAGCAGGUUCCGGGGCAGCGAGGAGGAGAACGAGCGCGUCUCGUACCACGAAAUGAUGACCAAGUGUGAGCAGGGGCGCGGUUUCGAGGUGCCGCCGGCCCCGCAGCCCACCUACCACCACUCGCACCUCAACUUCUGCGACUUCUACCAGUCGUCGUGGAGCGCCCAGUCGUCCAUGCAGCACCCCGCGUUGCCCCCUUACCAGCAACUGCAGCGGGGGCAGACCUACUACGACGCCAGCCCUCCUAUGUACCAGCAGCAGGUGCAGCAGGGCGACUCCGAGGACCCCGACAGCGACCACUCGGCCUACCAGCACCUGCAGAGGGACUCGGGCUACCAAGACAGCAACCACUCGGGCAACUGGAGCAACUAGCCGCCCUCUUGUACUUAUAAUGAAUCGACGAACAAAAAAUGUGUAAUAGUCUCCCGAAAAGGGCAGGAAUUUCUAUUUUUUUCACGGGGAAUUAAGUAGUACUAACAGGAACUAUUAAAAUCUAUAAUCUAAAUGGACCACCUUUGAAAAAAUGGUCGUCGUAGUCCUUUAAAGAUCUGAUGUUUUAAUAUUGAUAUAAUUAAAGAUCUGCGGUAUAUAUUUAAUAAAAUAGUAUAUUUUUAUAUCGUUGCAAUGAUGUAAAUUGCUUUUAUAGUUUGUUCAUUCCACUUUGAAAAAAGGCAAUAAUUUUAUACAAGGUGGCUCUGCUCAAUUUUAAGUGACACUUUUACUUUGUACAUUUUAAUCGCCGGAGUUGGAGGAAAAUGAUCUGAUUGUGCCUUUGCGAGCAAAUUUGUGAUAAAUUUGUUGUUCGCUUUUGUAACUUCACAUUUAGCUGUUAUAGUCGGCAGCCAGCGUAAGUUUGAAAGGACGAGAAAUGAUUUUUGUAAUUUGAAUUUCUCUUCAGUAGCAUAAAUAUAUAGUAGUGACACGAGUGCCUAAACGAGUAUUAUUACACAGCAGAGCUCAGUAUUGAACUCCGCAGACACUACGAUAGCAGUAUAUAUUUUGUGUAAAAACGCUGGUUGAUGUAAGUUCUUAUCUCAUAAUUUUCUGCAUUUUAAAAAACGUCGUAUCACCUGAUGCAUUUAUCAAACCUUUUUUGCAUAAAAGACCAAUAUGUAAAUAUCAUUAAUGUAUUUUCCCGUUUGUACCAAUAAAACUUGCAAAUGAACC